AUGAAAUUUUUAACUGCUUUAGCUUUCCUUGGUUUAUCAUGUAUUGCUCAAUCUUCAUUAAUUCAAGAACGUGGUGAUUAUGGUGACGAUGAUUAUGAAAAACAUUAUCCAAGUAAAACUUAUGAUCCUUAUCCAGUUGGUGUAACUGAUUUCCCAAAAAAAUUUGCAAUUGGCGCAAAAGUUGAUGGUAAAAUUUAUAUUGUUAAUGAAAUUGAUGAUGGUCAAAUUGAAUUUGGUCCUGAUGAAUAUAAAAAACCAAAAAAAAAAUGGUCAAAACAUCCAAAAAAAAAAUAUUCAAAACAUGAUUGGAAAAGAAGUGAUGAUGAUGAAGAUGAAGAUGAUUACGAUUCAGAUGAUGAAGAUUAUUCCGGUUCAGACUAUUUAACUUUUAGUUAUUAUCAAGGAUUAGCAUGGUUCAAAUUAAAAAAUUCUGUUUUAACUGAUAAAAAAGGUAGAAUUGGAGAAAUUGUUGCAAAUCAUCAAUUUCAAUUUGAUGAUGCUAUUCAACCAGAUGCUCUUUACUCAAAAGGUUGGUCAAUUGUUAAAAAAUAUGGUUACUUGUUAUUAGCUAUUAAUGGUAAAACCAAAUUUUAUGAUUCAGCUGUUGAUAGUUACGGUCUUUACAAAGUUUAUGAUGAACCAAUUACAAAUGAAUCAAGAGAAAUUAAAUUGAUUGUUAUUCCCCUUCACUAUUAA